GGUGGGUACAACAUGGUUCUUAAAAAAACUCCUCUGCCAAGAAAACUCCGCCUGAAUCCUUCGAAGACCGAGACAAAACCGCCCCCUUGCUCAAGUGAAGCAUCUGUAUUUACCUUCCACCUACCCUCGCCAGGUAGCUGCCAAAGUAGAGGACCUCCCUGCCGAUUACCUGCUAAACAACAUUCGGACGCUGCGCUUUCAUCCAGCCCUCAACGAAGCUUCCGGCCUUCUUCAGAAUCUGUGAUUCCUUCAGCUGUUUCCCGUUCCAGAGCCGCUGGUUCCUCUCGUUGCACAGCCCCCAACACCCAAGCACCACUCUGGUAAGAUCUUCUUCCUUCAAAUUUUGUUGAAGCCAAUCUAGAGCUGAGUUGCCCGCCAUACGCCAUUCCAGUGCUUCCAAAGCUUUCUUAGCUACCUGACAGGCUAAUUGGGAAGAUUCAUCGCCGGAGCUUGCACGGUGACGACUGACGAGGAGUCUGAAUCCCAGUCUAGUCGAAUAAAGUUGAUCAGCCCUCCGGGCGUAAGGCGUUGCAUCCGAAGCGUGAAUCUGAUUUCUAAAAGAAGGAGAUGGCAGGUUCAAAAGAGCUUAAUUGGGAAGGAAAAACCACAGCAAGCUUAAAUGGUCCAAAAGCACACAAAGUAUGGUCUGUCUUGGUUGAAGACUUCUCCGACAUUCACAAAUGGCUCCCCAACUUAGAUCAGAGCCAUCAUGUUGAAGGAGUGAAGGGAGAGGUUGGAUGGGUCCGGUAUGUCGCCUCCACGGCAUCAUCGGGCAACGAAAAUAAGGUAAGAUGGUGUCGCGAGAGGCUGGUUAGCAUUGACCACGACGGAAAGUGUAUGAGCUAUCAAGUUUUGGAAAACAACAUCGGGAUCAAGAGCUACAUUGCUACGCUCAAGGUGUUGCCCACAUUGGACGGUGAUGAUGAGGUCGGGUGUGAGAUCGUGUGGUCCUACGUUGCUGACCCUAUUGAUGGGAUGACCAGUGAUGCAUUCUUUGGUUUCAUCUCAUCUUCUCUAAAGGGGAUGGCUGCAACAUUGGAAAAAGCUUUGCAAUCUACCUUGAUUGAUUAGUUAAUGAAUCUUUGUGGGUGAACUUGAGUCUACACCUCUCUUCAAUCUCAUGUCGUGUAAGAUUUACUUUUUUCGAUCAAUUAUAUUGAAAGUUGAUCAAGUAUAUAUUUCCAUACCAAAAUAUUUAGUCUUCUGUCAGCAAUUCCUCUGGAGUAUCUUUUGAUAUUAUAUAAAUAAAUUUAUGAUAUGACUUGAUCUUGAAAUCUGUAUGCUCGUGGUUGAGUUUUAGUUGAACUGACCGCUCAUUGAGCUCAAUUCUAUCUGAUUAUGGGGUUUCGUAUCAUCAUAAUGUAAUACAGCGUGUGCUUGUAUAAAAAUAAACCCUUCAAUUAAGAAAUCUCUUCAAUGUUAGUCCAUUUUAUAUUCUCUAUUUCA